AUGCUUAGUAGUCUCCUCCACCAACAAGAAGAAUACAAAGUGAAAAACAAAAUCUUGAUUUCCAUGGAGAAAAUCAAGAACCCCUCAAAUUUUGACAUACAACUUCCUCCCGGUUUCAGAUUCCACCCAACCGACGAAGAACUUAUUGUUCACUAUUUACAGAAGAAAGUUACUUCAUCCCCCCUCCCCGCUUCCAUCUUUGCCGAAAUCGAGCUUUACAAAUUUGAUCCAUGGGAACUUCCUUAUAGAGCUUUGUUUGGAGAAGAUGAAUGGUAUUUCUUUAGUCCAAGAGAUAGGAAGUACCCGAAUGGAGUGAGGCCGAAUCGGAUGGCAGGGUCGGGAUACUGGAAAGCAACGGGAACAGACAGACCGAUUAUGGGGUCAUUAGGGAAGAAGAUAGUUGGGGUUAAGAAAGGUUUGGUGUUCUAUAAAGGUAGGCCUCCAAGAGGGAUUAAGACCGAUUGGAUCAUGCAUGAGUAUAGACUACUUGAUACGGUUUCUUGCAACUCAAGCAAGCGAAAAGAAUCAAUGAGGUUGGAUGAUUGGGUGCUUUGUAGAGUGAGACACAAGACUUGUACGCCAAGAAACUCUUGUGAAGAUUAUGGUCAAAAGGUUUUGGAACCUGAAAAGUCAAUGAUUUUUUCUACUGACAAAAACCCUAAUCUUGAAAUUUUGAAGGAAAGCCUAUUCAAAGAUUGUCCAAUGUUGCCUUUCAUGUUUGGUUCUCACUUAGAUUUCCCUUCCAUUGACACGAUGUGUUCUAUAUCAGAAAAAAGCGAUAACUUCAAAGCAUCAUCCGUGAAUUAUGAUAGAAAUCACAGAGAAGAAGAAGGUGUUAUUGAGUCCAACAAGAAGCUUAGAACAUUAAUGGAAGGUCAAAAUGAGGAUAUAUGGUCUUCGGGGAUUGAUACAAAUGACAUGAGUUUCUAUGGGGGAGAGGAAUAUGAUAUAUGGGAUUAUAUGAUGUAAAUAGAUUGGUAUAAAUGGAUGCUAUGUAUAUAGGUGUGUUGAACACUGUUUAUAGUAAAAGUUAGAACAUAUGAACAUGAAAUAAAUGUGUGAUCAAGUUAUGAAGUACGUACAUAUAUCUAUUUUAGGACAAUUGAG